AUGUUUAAGUCCUACUUCCCUUCUGGCUGGUUCAGAAAGGCUGCUGAUGCUCCACCUGCUACUACUACCGACUCUUCGUCCUUCACUAUGCCUGGAAGAGACAACUCGCUGUUGCUCAAGGUGUCCAUGAAGGAAAGCACAGAGGAGUUUGUUGCAAUCGAUUACAAAAAGAUGUCUUAUGCCGAGGUGGCCCAGAUGUCAAAAAACAAGAAGCAGACAUCCAAAGUGCCCUUGGCUGUUCCCAAGAGUCACCGCAUCAACGAGAACCAAUACGAGAUAUUGGCCAACGAGGAUGAAGACUUGACCGAGUCGUUGUACACAGAAAAGGUCAAGACUAACAACUACUUCUUUAAAAACAAGGUGUACAAGGACGCCGACAGAACUAGAAAAUCAAGAAGAAAGACCAAGAAUUGA